AUGUCUCGAAACGUUAGUCAGGUCACCUUCUUCCGCGUCAAAUCUUCCGUCAAGCCCGAAGACCCCUCCAGCGAAGAAGGCGAGGCUCUACUGAGGAUCUUCCGCACGACCCAACAGCAAAGCGGUCAUGAUAGUUCAUCCUGGGGACGCACCUCCGAAGACGAAAACACAAUCGUCUGGGUUGUAGACUGGACCGAAGCUCGCAGCUCAAUGAACAUCCGACUGCUCGACCCAUUCCUGGCCCCAGACAACCCCCAGCCACCGUCAUCACUCCACGUCACGUUCAGCCCACCACUCUCCAGCACAGAAAUCCUAACCAGAAACCCCGUGACCGAGCUGUGCACACUGGCAUUCCCGAGCGACCUCGAAGCACGAGCAGUAAGGCAGAUCAACGGGGACUUGAUCAACUUCCGCACUACACUGGUCGAGCAGCUGCCACAGGCAGCCGGGCCGCGGUCGUGGUCGAUGGGGCAUGUCGAUCGGCCGAGCAAGUUACCACACGCGAGAAGUCCAAGUGGGCAAGCUUUUGCGCACCUCCUUGCUGUUGGUUGGGAUAGUAUAGAGGCGCAUUUCAAGGCCAAGGAGACGGAGAAGUUUGUUGAGAGUAUUGCACCUCUGAGAGAAAAGAUGCUGGCGCCUAUUCCUGGGUUGGAGAUGAAACAUGUCAGUUUCCAAAAGAUUUGA